AUGGCUUCGCCACCUAAGCCCUGGGAGAGAGCUGGCGCUGGCUCAGCACCUUCACUUACCAUCCCAUCCUCACCAGCAUCAGCAUCAUCAGCACCCUUAUCGCCUGCUUCAUCUGUCGCCUCCAUGGACGCACCACCGAUACCUGAGCGCCCUGCGUCGCUCGCCGCUUCCAUCAACCAGAACGCCGCCGCUCACACCCGCGUCGGCGCCAUGGGUGGUAUGGCAGGCAUGCCAGGCAUGGGAGCCUCGCCAUAUGGUGGUUACAACAGUGCAUACUCAUCACCCUACUCAAGUCCUUACUCACGCUUUGGAGGCGGAUAUGGAGGAUAUGGCGGCGGCAUGUAUGGCGGUUACGGAGGCAUGGGCGGUAUGUACGGCGGCGGCAUGUACGGUGGUGGUAUGGGCAUGGGCGACCCCAACAGCAUGGUAAACCGCUUCAGCAACGGCACCCAGGCCACUUUCCAGAUGCUCGAGGGCGUUGUCACUGCCUUUGGUGGUUUUGCGCAGAUGCUUGAGAGCACAUACAUGGCCACGCAUUCUUCCUUCUUCGCUAUGAUUUCCGUUGCUGAGCAGUUUGGCAACCUGCGUGACACUCUGGGCUCCCUGCUCGGAAUCUUCACCCUGCUUCGCUGGAUCCGAACUCUCCUCGCCAAGCUCACUGGCCGUCCUCUGCCAGCCGAUGCCGCGUCUCUCAAUCCCUCAGAUUUCGCCCUAUUCCAGGGUCGAUCUGGCAGCCCCGGCGGCGGAUCUUCUCAGCCUCCCAAGGCUAGCCGAAAGCCCCUCCUCUUCUUCCUCCUCGCCGCCUUCGGCCUCCCCUACCUCAUGUCCAAGGUGAUCAAGAGCAUCUCUGCCAACGUCGAGGAGGAAGAGAGACGUAUGGAGCAGCAGGCCCUCGAGGCCCAGAAGCCUGUUGAUCCCGCCAAGCUGGAGUUCUGCCGUCUCCGCUUCGACUUCACUCCCCAGCAGCCCAACGGCAUGGAGCUCGAGGGAAAGAAGGGCGACCUCGUCGCUGUCUUAAGCAAGAAUGACCCCGCCGGCCAGCCCAGCGAGUGGUGGCACUGCCGUAGCCGCGACGGCCGCCAGGGAUACCUGCCCUCUACCUACCUCGAGGUCUUGAAGCGAUCUACAUCCGAACCCAAGAAGCUCAAGGCUGCCCCCGACAGCAGGACCAACUCCUUGACCAGCUCAUCCUCAUCCGAGGAGGGCAAGAAGGAGUACGCUACGGCAGACGGCAUGCAGAGGAGUCACUUCUACUCUUAA